AUGCCGAUUGUCAAGAUUCACGCCCGCUCCGUCUACGACUCCCGGGGCAACCCGACGGUCGAAGUUGACGUCGUAACCGAGACUGGCCUUCACCGUGCCAUUGUUCCUUCCGGCGCCUCCACCGGGCAACAUGAGGCCCACGAGCUCCGCGACGGCGACAAGUCGAAAUGGGGCGGAAAGGGUGUUCUGAAGGCGGUCGAAAAUGUCAACGCGAUCAUCGGACCCAAGUUGAUUGAGAAGAACAUUGAUCCCACCGACCAAUCCGCUGUGGACAAGUUCUUGAUCGAGCUCGACGGAACAGAGAACAAGACCAACCUGGGGGCCAAUGCAAUUUUGGGUGUCAGCCUUGCUGUUGCGAAGGCUGGUGCUGCUCAAAAGGGUGUCCCUCUAUACGCACACGUUUCCGACCUGGCAGGAACCAAGAAGCCCUAUGUGCUCCCUGUGCCCUUCAUGAACGUCCUGAACGGAGGUGAUCAUGCUGGCGGUCGUCUUGCCUUCCAAGAAUUCAUGAUCGUUCCCGAUCAAGCACCUACCUUCUCUGAAGCACUUCGUUGGGGUGCAGAGGUGUACCAGAAAUUGAAGACUCUCGCAAAGAAGAAGUAUGGCCAGUCCGCUGGUAACGUUGGUGACGAGGGUGGUGUCGCUCCAGACAUCCAAACCCCCGAAGAGGCUCUCGAGCUCAUCUCUGCCGCCAUCAAAGAAGCUGGUUACGAGGGUAAAAUGAACAUUGCGAUGGAUGUUGCCUCAAGCGAGUUCUACAAGGUGGAGGAGAAGAAGUACGACCUGGACUUCAAGAACCCAGACAGUGAUCCCAGCAAAUGGCUCACUUACGAACAGCUGGCCGACUUGUACAAGUCCCUGGCCAGCAAAUAUCCCAUUGUCUCGAUUGAGGACCCCUUCGCCGAGGACGACUGGGAGGCAUGGAGCUACUUCUACAAGACGUCGGAUUUCCAGAUUGUCGGUGAUGAUUUGACUGUGACCAACCCCAAGCGUAUCAAGAAAGCAAUCGAGUCCAAGGCUUGCAAUGCUCUUCUGCUCAAGGUCAACCAAAUCGGUACCCUCACCGAAUCCAUCCAAGCUGCCAAGGACUCUUACGCGGCGGAUUGGGGUGUGAUGGUCUCUCAUCGUUCUGGCGAGACCGAAGAUGUUACCAUUGCAGACAUUGUGGUGGGCAUCCGAGCUGGCGAGAUCAAGACGGGCGCGCCGGCAAGAUCUGAACGUCUGGCCAAGCUCAACCAAAUCCUGCGCAUCGAAGAGGAGUUGGGAUCCAACGCCAUCUACGCGGGCUCCAACUUCCGCAAGGCCGUCACUUUGUGA